CUUUCACAGCCCGGUGUCCUUCCCUGGUGGAUGCAGAUGGCAUGUUCUGCAGCAGCCUGGCCCUGACCUAGGGUCCCCCCCAGUAACCCAGCCCCCCGCAGGGCCUGUGACGUCUGCCUGGAUGGAGCCAUGGCCCUGGGGCUCCUGCUUCUGCUGCUGUGGGUGCAGGCCUGUGUCGCAGGUCCGCCCGCCCUGAGUGCAUACAAGAGAAUCCGGCUCCGCGAAGGGGAGACGCUCUCCGUGCAGUGUUCCUACAAGAGCCGCAAGAACCAGGUCGAAGGCAAGGUCUGGUGCAAGAUCAACAAGAGGAAGUGCGAGCCCAGGUUCCCCCGGCACUGGGUGACAGGACCGAGGUAUAGGAUGCAGGAUGAUGUCCAGGCCAAGGUAGUCACCAUCACCAUGGUGAACCUCAAGCAGCAGGAUGCAGGCCGCUAUUGGUGCAUGCGAGACACCACCGGGAUCCUCUAUCCCCUAGAGGGCUUCCUGCUGGAGGUGUCUCCAGGCGCCAUGACUGAGAGGACCGACCCCCUCACACACCUGGCUGACGAGGACCUCAAGAGUAGAACUGUCUUCACAACAGGCCCAGCCCUUACCUCAGGCCCUGAUGCCCCCUUCACCUCUGGUGUGGCUCCAUUCACACCUGGGCCCCUCGUCUGGGCCAGCCCCAGGCCUUCAGCUACCUUGGGGAUCCCCAGGCCAACCUCUGUGACAGGCUCCAGCCUCACUGGUAUCACCGCCGCCAUGGGGCCCAGGAGGACCAUGGGGCCCCAGCCAGUGACUGUGUCUCCCAGUGAUACCAACAGUCCAGGGUCCAUCUCCACCAGGCCCAGCAGCAGCUUUCCCACCUCGAGAACGUGCCGAGACCAACUGCCCUCCACCAGGCUGCAGGAGCCCCACCUCACAGCGCUGGUGGUGCUGCUGACCCUGCUCCCCGUGCCCGUCAUGCUGGCCGUGGCCUACAGACUCUGGAAGAAGAAACACAUGGGAACCUACAGCCUGGGCAGCUAUUCUGCCAGACCCCGGACACCCCCAGCGAGAAGACCAGAGCCCCUGUUGAAGCCCGCUUGGUUUGAGACCACUUAACAAUGCUGGGAGCUUCUCAGGGAGACCCAGGAGGCUUCAGAGAGGACUGAGCACCAGGGACUGGCCAGAGGGGAGGGGACAGCCCCAGGGGCAGCCAACGCCCUGCCUGGCACAUCUGCUGGUUGCUCCAUCCUGGAAGCCUGAAGGGCCCUCGCUCCCUGCUGCCACCGACCACCACCCUGCCUCUGUGGUGGCUGGCAUUGGGGCUCUCCUCCCCAGUGUUCCUGUGCUCUGGUGCCAGGUCUGAGCUCCUCAGGGUACUGGGGGCCCAGCAGCCUCUGGCAGGGUACCUCGCUUGGCGCAUAGACACUGGUGGGGAGGCCAAGCUUGGCUCAGAGAAAGGGUGGGUUGCCCGUUACCUCCCACCAUUCACUGCCCCCUGGGAGAGAAGACCCACUUGGGACACAGUGACAACUCGGAGCUGACCACAGUCUGGAGGAAAUGGGACCCCAGCAGCUUCAGGCCAGGGUCCAGUGGCCCUUCAGUCUGCACCUGCCUGCCCCUUCUGGCUCAGACUCAACCUCUACCAUCCAGACCGCCGGCCAGAGUCCAGCAGGAGAGGCUACAGGGUGCUGACCAGAUUCCUCUCCAGAGAGGGGCGGCCGUCAGCCUGCAGUGACCGGGGUUGUACCUGGGGACAGCACCUGGGGACAGCGUGACAUCUCUGCCCUCAGCCCUGGGCCAAGGACCUCAGGGUGGGAUGGCAAGCAUCAUGGUCAGGAGGGUGACACUGCAUGGGCCUUGGUGGGCAGCUGACGUGGGCCCUGCUGGGUGGGGCAGGCGGCAAACUUGGGGGGCAGCAGGGAGGAUGCCCUCUUCCCUGUGUCCAGGAGAGGGCAGUAGAGGAAAGACUCUGGCUGUGCCCCUGACAGCCUUGGUCCCUGGACGGAGAGACACAGGCACAGGGACAUCCACUUCCUCCCUAUGCAGGAGGGCCUGCCUCAGCGGGGGCAUCAGCCCCCCUGUGAGCCCUCACAGCGCCUUUGGUGGCCCGGAUGGCACCAUCUCAUGGACAGCCAGGCGCCCGGUGGGAAGAGCACUGGAGGAGUCAGGGACGGGGCCCAGAGAUGCCCUUGUCACUGAGCAAGUCACUACCCUACCUGGGCCUCAUUUUCCUCUCUUGUCCAAGGGGCCCAUGAUUCCUACCUCUCAGAUUAUUUCCAGGAGACAAUGAAAAGACAUGAGCACAGUGACGCGUCAGUGCCAUCGUUACUGUCCCCUGACUGCUGUUCCAUGUGGCUGCCUCUCCCCUUCUGCAUUUGAGACCCGAGGACCCUGUUUCUGUGUCCUCUUUUCCCCUUCUCCUCACUACACGGAAGCUGGGGUCCCUCUGGAACUGAAAUAGCAUUCACUGAAAUAGAGGCCUGGGUUCAAAGCCUGACACAGCCCGACUUCAGCUUGACUGUCACAAGUCCCUGUCCCUCUCUGAUCCCACCUCCUCAUCUAGAGGAGGAUGAAGAUGAGUUUUGGUGAGGGGAAGGCUGGGGGUCGGACCUAGGGCCAUCGAACUGAAUUACACCCCCAGCCCCUUUUUAGUUUGAGACUGGGUCUCAUUAAGUUACUAAGUUGCCCAGACUGGGCUCAAACUUGGAAUCCUCCAGGCUUGGUCUCCCAGACUGCUGGGGUUAUAGGUGUGCUCCUUCAUGCCCAGCUACUGUAUAUAUUUCUACGGGGUUUUUUUUUUUUCCGUUGUUUUAGUUGUUCAUCUGUCAGUAUGAACAGCCUGUGGCACUGAUUCUCCAUACCUCCCUGUGGCAGAUUAACUAAUGGUCGACUUGGAAUGCCCAGGUGAACUGAGUCAGCGUGGACAGGGCGUGGAAGACCCACCUGAGGAUUAUUGCUUAAAAGGAGAACUGGGUGUGUGUGUGUGUGUGUGUGGUGUAUUGUAUGCUGUUGAUUUUCCUGGAGAAUCUUGAUGAAGCUGGUUUCCCUGAUACGAAUUCAGCUGUUCUCAUCAUCAGAGGAGCUUGGUUCCUCACUGUCGCCCGGAAUGGCUGCUGUUCUCAGGAGAGCUCUGGUCUUCACCUUGAGCAUCGCUUCCUGGCUCCAGUGCAGAUCCCUCAGCCUGGUGGCAUAGACCCUUCUCCCUGCCAGCCCAGACUUUCUAGCUUCCACCACUGGCCCUUGGGCCUUCCUGGUGCAGACCCUCGAGACAGACUUGCAUGAGACAUUGCUGUGGGCCCUAGGCCUCUGGCUGGAUUUGUGGGGGGUGCUGCCCUGGGAUCCAGGGCCCUGGCUGGAUUCUUCCAGUCUCUAGCAUGUAGACAGA